AUGCUGGGCCCCUGGGGACAGCGGGCCCCUGCCCUGCAGGAGAAGGAGUUUGCAGGGUUCCACUGCCCCAUGACGCCGGAGAGCUCCCUGAAGCCAGUGAUAGAGGGCCGCGGGGUUGCGGAAGGCACACAGCGAUUCUCCUCGUCGCUGCCGCCCUACUUGCCGGUGAGCUACAGCAUCCGGGGCACGGACAGCGCCUUCUUCCUGCAGGAAACGCAGCCUCCGGACACGCUGCGCAACGCCAGCCUGCACGCCAGGGUCGCGUCCUUCUUCACCUACAAGGCCAGGCAGCCCCCCGCACUGAACGCCAGCUAUGGGCCUUACUGGGCAGAGAAGGUCGUGCCGCUGGAGCUCAUGCUGCCCGCCAGCCCCUUCGGCCCCAGCGGCCGGUUUACUUUUGGCUGGAAGCUGAAGGCCUCCAUCCUGCGGGAGAAGAUCUACCCGAGCCGCCCCAAGGUGCAGGUCCUCUUCCACCUGGUGGGCCGGGACUGGGACGACGCGCGGCCCGCGGAGAGGCUGCCCUGCCUGCGCGUCUUCGCCUUCCGCGAGACCCGGGAGGUGCGGGGCAGCUGCCGGCUCACCGGGGACCUGGGGCUGUGCGUGGCCGAGCUGGAGGUCCCGGCCGCGUGGUUCAGCCCCCCGACAGUGGUGGCCGGGAGGAGGAAGGCGGCGGAGCAGCCCGAGGGCAGCCCGGUGGAGCUGUACUACUCGGUGCAGCCCGGGGACGCGCGCGGGGACUGCACCACCGCUGGAGACGCCAGGACGGGCAACGCCAUCCGGCCUGGGAAGGACAGCGCCCAGGGGCCCGCAUCGCGCCUGCAGAGCCUGGGCCUGGUGCGGCUGUACCGAGCCCAGGACGGCGUGCAGCUCAGCGAGCUGCGGCUGGACAGCAACGUGGUCAUCUGGCUGCCGUCGUGGCCGGCCAAGCAGGGGGACGUGGUCACGGCCUAUGUCACCAUCGCCAGCAACUCCACUGUGGAUCUUUUCGUGCUGAGGGCCAAGGUGAAGAAGGGGGUGAACAUCCUGAGCACUCGGACCAGUGAGCCGCGGCAGUGGGACGUGAAGCAGGAGGUGGGCAACGGCGGCAAGCACACCACGACCACGGUGGCCUGCCAGCGCCUGGGCCCGGGUGCACGCAACAGAAGCAGCGGUCUGUUCAGCGAGGUGGUGCAGAUGAACUUCGAGAUUGCCAGCUUCAGCAGCCUGUCGGGGACACAGCCCAUCAUGUGGCAGGUGGAGUACCCACACAGGGGUACCUCUGAGGUUGCCGUGUCCGAGAUCUUCGUCAGCCAGAAGGACCUGGUGGGCAUCGUCCCUGUUGCUAUGGACGCCGAGAUCCUGAACACGGCUGUCCUCACGGGCAAGACGGUGGCCACGCCUGUCCGAGUCGUGUCGGUGGAGGAGAGCGGGGCAGUGACGGACAUCUCAGAGCAGGUGGAGUGCACAUCAGCAGACGAGGAUGUCAUCAAGGUCUCUGACCACUGUGACUAUGUCUUCGUCAACGGCAAAGAGAUUAAGGGCAAGGUGGACGCAGUGGUGAAUUUCACGUACCAGUACCUGAGUGCCCGGCUGCACGUCACUGUGUGGGUCCCCCGGUUGCCCCUGCAGAUUGACAUCUCUGACACGGAGCUCAGCCAGAUUAAGGGGUGGCGGGUCCCCAUCGUGGACAGCAAGAGGCCCACGCGCGACAGCGAGGAGGAGGAGGAGGAGGAGGAGCGGCGCGGCCGCGGCUGCGCCCUGCAGUUCCAGCGCGCCAGCGUGCGCGUCCUCGCCCAGUUCGUGGCCGAGGCGGCCGGGCCCUGGGCACAGCCCAGCCACCUGCUGGGCCCCGACUGGCAGUUCGACGUCACGGGCCUGGUAGCGGACUCCAUGAAGCUGGAGGCGCCGCACGUGGCCUCGCUGCAGGAGCGCGGUGUCCUGGCCGGGAGGGAGGUCGGCAUGACGACCGUGCAGGUGCUCUCCCCCCUGUCUGACUCCAUCCUGGCAGAGAAGACCGUCACCGUGCUAGAUGACAAGGUGUCAAUCACCGAGCUGGCUGUCCAGCUGGUGGCCGGGCUGUCCGUCACCCUCCACCCCUACACGGAGCACAGCCAGGCCAUCACCGCCGUGGCCACGGCUGAGGAGCUGCUGCGUACCCCCAAACAGGAAGCUGUGCUCAGUACCUGGCUGCAGUUCAGUGACGGCUCAGUGACACCUGUGGACAUCUACGACAGCAAGGACUUUUCCCUGGCUGCCACCUCCCUGGACGAGGCUGUCGUGUCCGUGCCCCCAUCACGCUCGCCCUGGUGGCCCAUCAUGGUGGCCGAGGGGGAAGGUCAGGGCCCACUGAUCCGCGUGGACAUGAGCAUUGCGGAGUCCUGCCAGAAAUCCAAGCGCAAAAGCGUGCUGGCCGUGGGCUUCGGCAAGGUCAGGGUCAAGUUUGGACAGAGCGAUGCAGAUGCUAGCUCUACAGGGGAUGCCAGGGAGGAGGAGGAGGAGGAGGAGGAGAUCGAGAACCACGCCAGCGACCGCAGGCAGAAGGGCCCCGAGGGACGGCUGCAGGGCGGCUUGGCCAGGGAGCGUGAGGAGGGGGCGCUGCGCAGGGCCACAACCACCGCCAAGGCACUGAUGGGCAACAGGGUGGUGAAGAGCAGCCGGCUGGACGGGGCCCCGGCACCCGGGGAGGAGCCACUGCAGAACAUCCCCAUCGACUUCACCAACUUCCCCGCGCGUGGGGAACUCCCGCGGGCCGGGGCCGGGCUGCAGGAUGGCGACCUGGUGCCCGCGGCGCGCAGCCUCAGCGACCUGGAGAUCGGCAUGUACGCUCUGCUGGGUGUCUUCUGCCUGGCCAUCCUUGUCUUCCUCAUCAACUGUGCCACCUUCGCCCUGAAGUUCAGGCAGAAGCAGAUGCCGCCCGAGGGCCAGGCCUCGGUGACCCACUCGCAUGACUGGGUGUGGCUGGGCAAUGAGGCUGAGCUCCUGGAGGGCGCAGGGGACACCGCGCCGCCCCUGGACGAGCGCACGACUGCCAUAGACCACGGCCCAGGCAGCUGCAAGGACAGAGACCAGCUGCUCUUCAGCAGGGCAGGCGCCCAGCAGCAGGUGCUGGGCCAGGUGCACUGGGCGGUGGGCGGGGCCACCCGGCCAGAGGCGCCGCACUCACCCACCUCCCAGAGGAAGACAGUUAAGUUCGCCACCUUCCCUGCCAGCCCCGCAGAGGGGUGCUGCACCACCGCCAACCCCGCCCCAGGGGGCCAUUAGGUGGGCUGUGGAGACCCGCGAGUGGGUGUCCCAAAGAACCCAGAAAUGACCUGGGAAGGGUCCCAGACAAGGUGUGGACCCGUAGCUGGGUCCCACAUCACAGGUUUGGGAGCCAGGAGGGGACACUUUCAUAUGGAGGGCGUGGCCGCGGACACUUUCCCAAGCUGCCUGCUGUGACUGACAGGGCGGGGAACAGAAAUGCCGCACCUCGCCCAGCAGAACUAGGAAGGUUAUUUUAUGAAUCACCGCAUAAUACAGCUACCAAAAAUUAUUUGUUAAAAAAACACAAAAAAGACAAAUAAAGAGGCAAAGAAUGAGCUGUUUAUAUUCGUAAUAAAGAAGCGAAGGGUAAAAGUAGGGACUGCCUGGAGACGUCUUCUGCUUUCUUCCAGGGCCCAGGAGGGCCCUGCAGACAUCGCACAGCGGCCGGGACUGCUGAGCGGGGCCUCGGGAUGCCGCGGCCGCGUGGGAGCGACGCAGGAAGGCGUUUCCACUUUCACGGAUAAUCUCUUCGCUUCCCAUUUCCCUUUGCUGUGUCACUCCUCGGCUUCCAUUUGGUUUACAUUUAAUGUUUAUUUCUGAGGACCAAGUGGUAUAUUUUUCC